UAAUGGAGGAUAUGGUAGCAACAACAACAACAAUGGCUACGGGCGUGGGCGCGGUCAAUUUGAUGGCGAAUGCCACUUUUGUCACAAGACCGGCCACAAGUGGAGAGAUUGGUUCAGAUUGCCUGAUGGAUGGACCCCUUCUCAAGGCCAAGAGGGCAGAGGAGCAAGGGGAGGAAGAGGCAGAGGUCGUGGAGGCCGUGGUGGUGAAGUGGCAUUGGGUGAGGAGCAUGGUAACCUCGGGUGAAGUGGAGUUGCACUAUGUGAAGACGACGGCGCAGCCAGCUGAUAUGAUGACCAAGAGGCUGGUUGAGCAGCAGCAUUGGAAGUGUUGCAAGCUUGCUGGGAUGGCUCUGAACUAAGGGGAGCAGAUUCUAAGGCCAACAAUCCGA